CCAGUGUUUUAGGCAGAUCGCUCGUUCCAGCAUGGCGUACCGGGUACCGUCCUCUAUUCGCGUCGAAACCGACCUCACGUUCGAGGAGAAGCGUUUGAUUGAAGAGCGGGCGAAGCUCAAGGCACAGCUGAGGCAAGAGUACCUCCGUCAACUCACGGAUCCGCACAAACAUGGCUCGGGAGGCUACUUGUUUGACCCUCAGAUGAUGCGGUUUCAAGCGGCUCGUUCCCACAGCAUGAUAUUUGAGCACUUUCGUCCAACCCCAAAAGGAGGCUUCCAGUUUUUUGCCGUAACCUUCUUACCCAUGCUCGUCCUUGGAUAUUUUGUUUAUAAGGACAGGCGAGAGUUUCAACGGAAGUGCAGAACCGGUGAAAUUCCAUACAAGGACAGAAUGUUCAAGAUGGUCUAGUGGCUCCAAAAAUAUCUUCCUUGAAGGUGACUGUAGUGUAAUAAAGCAUUUGUUCAGUUGUGAAA